AAGCAGCAAUGCUGGGAAGCAAGGUGUCUGGGUGUUUGAGAUUGGUAGCUCAUCUGACAGUAUUGUGCCUGCCAAGAUCAGCAAUGUUUUGGAGAGCCUGGAGUCCAAUGAAGAAGACCAGGAGAUGACUUCAAAACCAUUUAUGUCAGACUAUGGCUCCACUGAAAUAACACAGCAGUAUAUCACAAGUAGUACAGACAGCACUGAAGAGGAUCAGCACCAUGUUACAUACAGUGUUCCUCAGCUAGCUGCAGGAGACUUUCUGACUUCAUACCAAGAUGUAACAGGAACACCUUCAACUGAGUCUUUUUACAGUCCUCAAGAUUUCCCAACAGCAAAAGCUCCACCUCGUCCAUUUCAGGUCCAGCAGUUCCCCCCACAGCAACCUCAAGUGAUAGAUGUGGAAGAAUUUGAUGAAACUGGAAUAGUGUUUCGUUACCACACAGAUGUCCAACAGACCUGCGCUAACAACCGUCACCAGUGCUCUGUUCAUGCUAUUUGCAAAGAUUAUCCCAAUGGAUUUUGUUGCAGUUGUAUUGCUGGUUACAAAGGCAAUGGCAGACAAUGUGUAGCAGAAGGUUCUCCUCAAAGAGUCAAUGGGAAGGUCAAAGGAAGAAUCUUUGUAGGGAAUAAUCCUGUUCCAAUUACAUUUGAGAACACUGAUCUCCAUUCCUAUGUUGUGAUGAACCAAGGGCGUGCCUACACUGCUAUCAGCACAAUCCCAGAGACUCUGGGGUAUUCUUUACUGCCUCUUGCCUCUAUUGGAGGUAUCAUUGGAUGGAUGUUUGCUGUGGAACAGCAAGGAUAUAAAAAUGGAUUCAGCAUUACUGGUGGUGAGUUUACACGGCAAACCGAAGUAACUUUUCUUGGCAACAAUGAGAAGCUGGUUGUAAAGCAGAAAUUCAGUGGCAUUGAUGAGCAUGGUCACCUUACCAUCAGCACAGAAAUGGAGGGCAGGAUACCUGAGAUCCCAUCUGGCUCAUCAGUCCAUAUAGAACCAUACACUGAACUCUAUCACACUUCCAGUUCUGUGAUCACUUCAUCAUCCACAAGGGAGUACACAGUGACAGAGCCAGAAAGGGAUGGAGCCGCUCCCACGUACACACGUGCCUAUCAGUGGCGACAGACCAUCUCGUUUGAUGAAUGCAUUCAUGAUGAUUCUCACCAUUCUGUUCCUGCUACUCAGCAGCUCUCAGUGGACAGUGUCUUUGUCCUGUAUAACAGAGAUGAGCAGAUUCUGCGAUAUGCUAUGAGCAAUUCCAUUGGCCCAAUCAGUG